AUGGCGACCUCUGCAACAACCUCCAAGCUCCGCGCAGGCCUCAACACCCUCCCCCAAGAACUCUACGACACAAUCUACGACCUAACCUUCACAUCCUCCCCACGAACAAUCUACAUCCACCCAACCUCCCAAUCCGCCCAAAACAAACGCCGCGCCCCCCAAAACCUCGCCACCAACCUCCUACGCGUCGACAGCGCCUCUCGAAACCAAUACCAAACCUCCUACUACACCAACACGAUUUUCCGCCUCGACUCUCCUAAACUCUGCAUCGCUUGGAUUCACUUCAUGCCUUCCCAUCACCGCCCCUUGGUCCGAGUCAUCCAUUGCAUGCGUCCAGCCCCGAGUUUCGUCGUGCCGCCUGUCAGGGGUGCCGGAAUGGUGUGGUCGCCGGCGCAAUUGCAGCAGUUUCGAAUUCGAGCGGAGAAGCAUCAGGAAGAUCGGACCAGGAGGUUUUUGUUUAAGAUGAAUUUGUUGCGGGUGGAGAUUGAGUUUGGGCAUGUGGGGCCGAGGGAGUAUUGGGGGGAUAGUGAUAGCGAGAGUGAUAGUGAGAGAGAGGAGAUUGGGUAG